GUGACUCGAACUCAUUGCGAGUCAGACAGCUCUGGCCUUCAGAAACAGACAAACAGAAGUUUCUCUGCUGGCCAGACGAUUUUCCGGCUAACAUUCAAGAUGGAAUCGACAACCAGUUAUUACGACUAUAGUGAAGAUCCACACACGCCGAUCCCACCAUGUCAGAGGGACAGUGACAACAAUCUGGGAGCUCAGCUAUCCAUUCUUUACUACUUUAUGUUCCUCUUCAGCCUCUUUGGCAAUGGGUUGGUCCUGGUCAUCAUCCAUCGGUUUGAGAAGCUGACCACUGUGACCAACAUCUUGCUCCUGAACCUGGUGUUCUCAUCUCUAAUCUUCAUGAGCAGCCUUCCCUUCAUGGGAGUCUACAUGCAGCUCUCCAACUGGAUCUUCGGCAAGGUCAUAUGCAAGAUUGUUGGCAGCGUCUACUAUCUGGGCCUCUACAGCUCUGUCCUCUUUCUAACUCUUCUGACCUUCGACCGACACCUUGCUGUUGUGUACUCAUUGGGCGCAUCGCGAGUGAGGAAUAGAAGAUAUGCGACAGUCUCCUGCGCUGUGGUAUGGUUGGUCAGCGGCCUGGCGUGCAUCAAGCCGAUGAUUCUCCAGACCACUUUUUUUCAUCACAUAGAGAACAAAACCUACUGUGACGAGUUUCCAGGUGACGUGGAUAAUAUUAAUGUGCACCAUCUGAGAGUAUCUGGAUUUUACCUUCAGCUUUUCCUUUUCUUAAUCUUCCCUCUGGCUGUUAUUAUCUACUGUUAUGUUAGGAUCGCAAUCACUGUCAUGUCAUCCAGGAUAGUCACCAAGUUCAAGACAGUCAGGCUGAUAUUCAUCAUUGUCCUGUUAUUUUUCAUUUGUUGGACCCCAUAUAACAUUGCCUUGUUGAUGCACGAUAAAGGCUGUGAGCAAGCGCAGAAAAGAGGUUACGCACUCCACAUCACUCGCAACUUAGCCUACCUUUACUUUUGCAUCAGUCCCAUCUUCUACACAUUUGUGGGGAAAAAGUUCCAAAACUACUUUAGACAGUUAAUGGUGGCACGCUUCCCAGGAUUAAAGCCGCACAUUUCUGUCAGCCAAAACAGCAAAAGCAAUAUGUCCACAAAAACUACGCCAAAUGGAUUUUAGGAGUGGGAAGCCCUUUAUUUCUCAGCACUGGCAUGUGUUCAACAAACCGUGCUUUUACCAACGCCUGAAGAAAGCGACGAGUCAGUUCUUUUAGUGACUGUCAAGUUGCUGAGCAUUGAAGUCAAUGCUGCUAAUUUCACCUGCUCAAACUGUGUUAGUUGGCCAAGUGGUGCCCCGAUUGAAGCUCCUGUUACCUCUUUAUUUGCCAUCAUGGCACAGGUUAAUGUAGACCAAAGAGGCAUAUUUAAGUUUGUUUAUUUAGUUUAAUUACAGGAAUGUGUCCUACUAUGCUCCUGAUUGAAGUGACAUACAAGAUGUGAACCCUGACUUUCCACUUUGCUGAAUAAAAGGCACAUUACUUUUUGCACCAGGCACGUGCUGCAAAUUUGUUCAAUACAAACAUAAUUCCUAGGCAUACUGGGCUCAGUUUAUACAAAUGUAGGCAUUAAAGACCUCUUGGAUAAAUCUUGAGGAAGGUCAUGUCAUAAACCAUAAAUAAUGAACAUGUUCCACAAGCUGUGGAACAUGUCAUGAUCAUACCUCAUUCUCCACAGCAUCGUGUUUAUUUUGAACAGAUCUGUUUUUAACUAGAACAUGCAAGUGAUUUAAGAGAAAUUUGUGGCAUUCACCAGUUUUUUCGUAUUUAGAAAUGAAUCUUCAGUAUGAACAAAACAAAUGAUACUAAUUACACUGACUGAACGAAUUAGACAUUUAAAUAUGAUAAAUAUACAACUAAAACAAUCAACAAGUAAUUCUAUUCACCACAUUGCUGAGUAUUUUUGAUUGAAUCACUUUUAUGAGCACAUUUUAGCACUUCUACACUUCAGUACUUGUUGAAAAGUUCUGUAGUUUAUAAUAUUUUUUCAUCUAAUAUCCUUUGACACCCUCUCAUGUCAGUCGUGGGCCACUUUGCUUUAGAAAGACCUUUUUUUUUUUUUGCAUCUAAUGCCAUAUUAAACCAUUCCCUCUUUAUUUCUGUCACAGUACACAGCAUUGCUCUGAUGGCACAGCAUUGGCAGCUGUGCUAUUAAUAUUUGUGACUGUUUAGAAAAUUAUUAAGAACAAAUUUGCCCAAAUUGAACAACGUAGUUUGUAUAUUUGAUCAUAUUUUGGGAGAACAAUGAAGCACAUUCAUUUACUUCUCCUCAGAGCUUGCAUUAGUUGUCUCCUUCAAUCUUGUGCCCUGGAAAUUGCACACCCAAUACUAUCUCCACUUGAAUACACCAAGGUAACCAAACUCUUGAACCUCCCUUCAGUAAAUGAAAUUUGCCCACAAAUACUGUGAAACCAGAAGUCUUAUCUGGCACUUUGCUGGUGAUGAUUGUGUAAAUCAUCAAAUCUCACUAACUCAUACCUCCUCAUGAAUGCGUGACAUUCAUCAGGGUGAAAGAAAGUUGAAGUUGGACAGUUUCCAAUUAGGAAGGAUGUAUCCAUAGUCUCUUUAUGUUUUAAAGGCUUUGAAUGAUAUUCAAAAAGUGGUUUGUAUGUAUCUGUAUUUUUACCAUGUAAUGAAUCAAGCAUGCAGACUCAUUGUCCAGUCAUUUUCCACAUGGCCUCAAGCCUGCAAAUACCCGCUCAUGACUACAUUUGUUCUGACUGUUUUAAUCUUAAUAUUGUUUCUUAUGUUGUUACUUAUGAAAGUUAUUAUUAUUGUAAUUGUGUCUAUAAUAAAUUGCCAUUGUAAAAUUACUCUUAAUUUAUGUAUGACAAUGCAAAGCAAUGAUUCAUUUAUUGACAAGUUUUGUAUGAACCACAUUUUAUAUGGAAAGAAAACAAUGAGCUGUGAGCAAAAAGCUGCACAGCUUCAUGCAAUUAUUAUGAUUUUUGUUUGAUUUGGCUCCUGUCUUUGCUUCUGCAACUCGAUUAAAUCAACCCUU